AUAGUCGCUGGCGCGCCGCGGUGGGAUCACUGCCUUCCUCUCCUGCCACGCCCAUGGGAGGACCCGCAACACGCGUAUCUGCUGGAGGGUUCAACAAGAUGACGUUUCCCGCACUCCAAGGAAGUCUCACGCUUGAUUGAGCAGCUGAUCUCAACCUUGCAGUAGCAGGGCGCCAUGCUGAAGAGGUUGGCACUCCUGCUCGUCCUGGCGCUGGGGGUGGUGUGCCUGGUUCUGCCCGAGAGCCAAUCACCACGCAGCUCCUCCGGCCGGCAGGGCGCAGCUGACAGGCCGGACAGCAGCAGGUCGCGGAGACAGACAGCUGCAGGCGGCAGGAGACUGGGCGUGCUGCGAGCUCUCUGGCAGCUGGUGUUUGGGACCGCCAGUGACGUGGUUCAAGCCUUCAGGAACAUCACGGGCUUCAUCCAAGAGUCGAAUGUGAAGCCCAUGUUGCAGCUUCAGGGACCCCCUCCUCCUCCCACGCCGGCUGACGCGGGCGCCAGCACCACGGAGCCGCCCUACCGCCUGACGCGGCAGGAGGCUCUGGACAUCAUCAGGAGGAACCUGUACGGCCUGGUGCGGCUCUUCCGACGAGAGUUCCGCCUCGCCAUCAACGACUCGUACGACAACGCGCGCAGGGCCGGUGUGGAGUUACGGGAUUCCCUGAGACCUCGCUUCUCCUAGCGACGACCUCCAGGAGGGCACAGAAGAAUCAGCAGCCACGCCACGCCCAACAGACCAACACCAGAGCAGACAACUUUCCAACCAAGAAUCGACCUCAAAAAACCGACCAGUUAUUUUCAAAGCUCUUGAUAGCUGCUUGUUCGUGGAAUCUACGUCGGUUUCAGAGAUCUGCGUGACGUAUUGUAAACAAGAUAAAACACACGCGGAAGACAAAAAUAAGUUUUUUUUUCAAUGUUCAGUUGUAUAUAAUAAUAUUAUUAUUGUUUAUCAAUGAACAAAAGUGUGUGAACUCAAUACUCGCAAAUACACGAGGAUAACGGAAAAUUCACGAAGAUCGCUGGAUAAUUUGCGACGAGCGUUCUUUGUUAUUUUUAAGUGAAAAGUUUUAACAUUUCUCCCGAGGCCCGGACUGUAGCACCGAGCGAUGGACUGCCAUCCACAACGUACCGGCAUGAAGCUAAUAAACUAUCUGCUGAAAGGUUUAUAUCUUAAAGGACACCAUGCAUCAAACAUGCUUCCUUGUAAAUAAUUAUUUAAAAUAUUUUUUUUGCCAUUGACUAGCAGUACGUGUUUGAGAAAGAAAAAGUUUUAUGUUAAAAUUAAGUUCACGUCCAAUGAGUAGAGACCUGUAAAAUUCGCUAUUUCAAAUCCCUAAAAGAUAGACUCCAUGAUCCUCUAUGCACUCGUGCAAAUUACAUCGGCUGAUUGGUUACCUACUCGUAACACCUGUUGACUGGAAUUAUCGUGAUUCGCUAAUUCUUCUGUUGAAUAUUUUUCAUUGGCCCAGAGUCCUUCAGAUAAAUUGUGGCCCAAUCACUGAAGCAAAAUAAUGUCAAAAGUAUUUGGACCCUAUCCCAUCGCGAAAUGAAUCCGCGAAUUUUACAGGUCUCUACCAAUGAGACAGUGGCAUGGAUACUACAUACUCCGCAUGCACACAAUCGGUCAGAGUGUGUCGCAAAAAAAAAAAACUAUAGGUAAAAGAAAAUCAGUUUACUGCCUAGCAAUAUUUUUUUUUGUAGUAGUCGUGCGUCUAAAAUUGAUUUUAGUAAGUUUUGGUUGGUUAAACAACUUUUCUUGGCCAUGUACGCCAUUGUAGGUUACAUCCGUUAGUGAAAGUGGAUCAUCACUUCUAAGAAUUACUCAUACCAUAAGAUGGAUUAUUUAACUGUGACGAAAGGCGAAAUUUAUUUCAAACAGCUUUCUGUGCAGCCUUUUCCAAGUGAUUUAUCAUUAACACCAAAUUGCAGAGAUGUAUGUCCGUAUAACGUCACACAAACGUGUGAAGUUGUGUGCGAAGGUGAAUGAUUAUUUGUGUGUUGCCUAAAGCACUAUCAUACCGAAGACAUUAAAUCCAAAAAAGACUCCAAAAAACAAA